AUGACCAGGCAGCUGUGGGUUCCACUCGGUUUGCUGUGGUGCUGCUGUGGGUGGCUUCUCGGCGGCCUCUGCGCCGCCAUCAGCGCCAAUGAUCCGUGCUAUUUUGAGGGGAAGCCGCGAAAAUGUUUGCCCAGUUUCGUGAAUGCCGCAUAUGGGAAUCCGGUGCAGGCCUCCAGCAUUUGUGGUGCUCAGCAGCCGGAACGCUUCUGUGAGCUGAAUCGGGAUGGCAGUGUCGGGGAGUGUCGGGUGUGCGAUAAUUCCAAAUUGGAGCAACGAUUCGCUGCCAAUGCGCUAACCGAUCUCAACAAUCCCAGCAAUGUCACCUGCUGGCGUUCGGCCAGUGUGCCCGUACCGCAUGAUUUGGACACCGCACCGCCGGACAAUGUGACCCUAACCCUGUCGCUGGGUAAGAAAUAUGAGCUGACCUACAUAAGUCUAUCGUUUUGUCCGCGCGCCCCACGUCCCGACUCCCUGGCCAUCUACAAGAGCUCAGACUUUGGCCAGACCUGGCAACCCUUCCAAUUCUACAGUUCCCAAUGCCAGAAGUUCUACGGGCGACCAGAUCGUGCCAAGAUCAGCAAAUUCAAUGAGCAGGAGGCCCGUUGCAUGAACUCCCAACACGAUGGCGCCGGCACUCAGCGGUUCGCCUUCAAUACCCUUGAGGGCAGACCGUCGGCCAACGACCUGGACUCGUCGCUGGUGUUGCAGGACUGGGUGACAGCCACAGACAUACGCGUUGUCUUCCACAGACUGGAGCUGCCCCAGCAGCUGCUGCUGUCCCGCGAGAAGGCGAACAAGGCCAAUGCGAAUAGUUUCAGUGACGAGAUGACGGGCAGCCAGGAGGACUUGGAUGGCCACGAUGAUGACGAGGAUGAUGAGUACGACUACAAUUUGCAGGACAACGACAGCGCCGCCUACGACGAGGACUACGAGGAGCCCAAGAAGCACCUCGAACUCGACGAUGACCUCCAUCUCGACUAUGCCAAUGAUGGUCAUCUGGGCAGUGGGGUCCAGACAUCCGAUAUGAAGCGCGAGAAGAAGCAGAAGGGCAGCGUCUAUGAGAAACACUUUCAGAGCAAGCAGGCGGCGGCAGCAGCAGCGGCUGCGGCAGCGGCGGCGGCGGCAGCAGCAACCACAACCACCGUGGCUGCCAAAAGCACUUCUCCGCCCACAAAGGCGUCCAAGCCGGUGGCCGGCGCAGCCUCCACUUCGAUGCAACAGCUCCUCUCUAUCUCCCAGCAUUACGCCGUCUCCGAUUUUGCUGUCGGCGGUCGUUGCAAGUGCAACGGACAUGCCUCCGAGUGCAUUGCCACUGUUCUGCCUGGCAACAGCAAUAACAACAACAACGCCUAUUCCAACGACGCCGAUGAUGGCCACGACGACGACGGCGGACAUGGUGGCUUCGGGCGCCUCUCUUCCCCGCUAGGCGGCUCUCUGCAACUGAACGCCAAGCUGGCCAUGACCUGCGCCUGCAAACACAAUACAGCCGGACCCGAAUGCGAACGCUGCAAGCCCUUCUACUUCGAUCGACCCUGGGGACGAGCCACAGACAACGACGCCAACGAAUGCAAAAUCUGUCAAUGUAAUGGACAUGCACGUCGCUGUCGGUUCAACCUGGAGCUGUACAAGCUGUCGGGACGUGUGUCGGGAGGUGUUUGCUAUAAUUGCCAGCACGAUACGACUGGACGUUAUUGCCAUUAUUGUCGCGAGGGCUACUAUCGGGAUGCUAACAAGCCGCCGAAUCAUCGCAAAGUCUGCAAACGCUGUGACUGUCAUCCUGUGGGCUCUACGGGCAAAACGUGCAAUCAUUUGAGUGGUCAGUGUCCUUGCAAGGAGGGCGUCACCGGCUUAACCUGCAAUCGUUGUGCGCGAGGCUAUCAACAGACACGUUCCCAUGUGGCUCCAUGCAUCAAAGUGCCCACAAAUGCGAAUAUGAUACAAGCGGAGAGCGCCGGCGGUGGCGGAGGCGGAGGCGCAGGGGACUACAAAGAUGGUGGCGGCACGCAGGCCGAGGAAAUGAAAAAGUAUUGUGGCAAAUGCAAGGCCAGCCCCAAAAAGCUGAAUCUGAAUAAGUUCUGCAUGGAGGACUAUGCUAUAUUGGCCAAGGUCAUUGGACACGAUCGCGCUUCGCAGGACAUUAGCACCGAAAAGUUUUCGAUUGAACGACAGAACGAAAUUUAUAAAUAUGAGAUAAACAUUCAGACGAUUUUUAAACGCAACCCCAUGUCGGGCACUACGAGUUCGCUUCUAGGACGCGGCAAUAUGAUGCUGCUGGUACCGCGCAAGAGCAUCGAGUGCCAGUGUCCAAAGAUCAAGUUAAACAAAUCAUAUCUGAUACUUGGCCGCGACUCGGAGGCAGCGCCCGGCUAUUUGGCAAUUGGGCCCAGCUCUGUGGUGCUCGAGUGGAAGGACGAGUGGUCGUUGCGCAUGAAACGCUUCCAGCGGCGUGCGCGCAAAUGUAGUUGAAUCGAACCGGAAACGGAAUAUGUCAGAGCGGAUUUCAAUUUCAUUCACUUGGCUAGGUAUCGGUUUUUGUAUAAAUUGUACAGUUUACUCAAGUUUUUGACCUUUUUCGGCAUCAUGCUAUAAGUACUACUACUACUACUACAACAACAACUACUCACUCCUCCGUAAAAGUCGUAGCUCACAACCCAAUACCCUAACACCCCAACUCCCUAAAUAGCAAACAAGCAAGCAAAGAAACAAACAAACAAACAAACACACACUAUAGUCAGCAAACUACUCGUAUAACUGAAAAGUAAAAUGCAAACAGCGGAGUUCCAAAGUUCACAGCUCGCUGUUGGUAUCUAUGCUAAUUAGCGGCAUGCUCUAGUCUCUAGACCCACUUUAUUCCCAUCCGAUUUUGCCUGCCAUUCCAGGCAUACACGAAAGCCAAUCAAAUGCUAAUUACAGUUAAUCAUGUGUGCGUGUGUGUGUAUAUACGAGAGUAAAAGAGACAGAGAGAGAGAGAGAGAGGGAGAGAGACCAAACACACAUUGAGGACACAGACAAAGUUAGUUACGAGUUUAUAAUCAAUUGCAAAUGUACUUACCAGAUGUUUUUGGCUUCAAGUUGCUGCAAGUUUUCAAAUUGAGGAGCUUAAGCAAAGCAGCACAGAUGCCCCAUUAAUAGUCAUUCACACUCACUCACCCACUCAUUUACAUACUCACUUAUUGUUCUCUUCGGCACUCAAUCAGCUUCAUAAACAAGCGAACAAAUCAGGUCGCAUCUGCAUCUCUAUCUGUAUCUGUGCGUGCUUCAAAUCUGCUCAAAGUUAUGGCGAACUGCAACAAAUCUCUGUUUAAUUGCUGAUUUCAAAUAAAUUAUGAAAUGCAUCGCAAUUUACUGAAACAUUAACGCUCAGUCGGCAUUGUACUUAUAGACAUAUAGUCGUCGUUAUUACUCCUUAAUGCAAUACAAGGUUUGUAGUUCUUUUCUAGCUCUUUUUAAACUUUUUUUUUAGUUUCAUAAAUCUAAAAGUAAUCAAAGGUGCAAAUGCAUACUUAACCCUUAGAUGAAUAGCUUUUAUUUAACUUCUUCUCUAAUUAGCCAAUACCAGUCCCCACUGACUCUUUUAUUAUUUCCUGAACAGAGUUCCAUGUCAAUACAAUUUGAAUUAACAAUCGAAAUACAUUUAUAGUAUCUGUGUAAGCUAUCAAAUUUUCAGAUUGAUGGCUUGCAACCGAAUCGGUUUUUCGGUUUCUUUUUCCAAUUGAAAUUCAAGGCCAGUCAAGAAAUCACCGUCAGCCCCCGUGGCCGAAACCCGAUUGUUUGGAAAUAAAGCGACACGUCAAUAAUUUCUAAUUUAAUUUGUUUUAGGCGCUAAUUGCUUCAUUUGAUUUGCCAAAUUAUUAUUGAUAUUUCUGUCAUUUGCUUUUGUUAUUGGCUCCACUAAUUUAAAUGUAUAUACAUAUGCAUACAAGUAUGUACUAUACUCGUAUAUACAAUGGUGAUAGCCUUUGUUGUUUUUAUUGCCGUCGAUGCUAAUUAUGCAAACAUGCCUAUGCCCAUUUCGGUUAGUUUUAUUUUCACGCGCUUUUGCAUAACAACAGAUGUUGUUGUUGCUGUUGUUAUUGUUGGCACA